AUGAAGAAUACUCCUUUCACGCAGAAGCACAUUGCGCUGGGCGCAAAAAUGGCCGAGUUUGCCGGUUAUAAUAUGCCCAUCAGUUACACAGGCAUUAAUGAUGAGCAUGCCGCCGUGCGCAACAAUGCGGGUAUUUUUGAUGUGAGUCAUAUGGGAGAAUUUAUUCUUAAAGGCCCCGAUGCGCUGGACCUGAUACAGCGCGUUACCACCAACGAUGCGUCUAAAUUAACUGCGGGCAAAGCACAAUAUAGCUGCCUGCCCAAUGAGACCGGCGGUAUUGUCGAUGACCUGCUGAUUUAUUGUGUGGAGGAAAACAAGGUGUACAUGAUUGUGGUAAACGCAUCCAACAUUGAAAAAGACUGGAACUGGAUAAACAGGUUCAAUACAAAAAAAGUGGAGAUGCACAAUAUCUCCGAUAAAACCUGCCUGUUGGCCAUACAGGGCCCCAAUGCCACCAAACUGCUGCAGCCGCUAACGGAGAUGGAUAUCCUGAACCUGAAAUACUACACUUUUACCAAAGGUGUUUUUGCGGGGGUGGAAAAUGUGCUGGUAAGUGCCACCGGUUAUACAGGCGCCGGGGGCGUAGAAAUCUAUUUUGAAGACAAAGACGGCGAUGCCGGUAAAAUAUGGGAUGCCAUUUUUGCCGCUGCCGGACCAAAAGGUCUGAAACCAAUUGGCCUGGGCGCCAGGGAUACCCUAAGGCUGGAAAUGGGCUACUGUCUGUAUGGCAAUGAUAUUGACGAUACUACUUCGCCCUUGGAAGCCGGGCUGGGGUGGAUCACCAAAUUCAGCAAAGAUUUUACCGCCAAGCCCAUCCUGGAAGCCCAAAAAGCAGCCGGACCGGAACGCAAACUGGUCGGUUUUGAGAUGAUAGAAAAAGGCAUCCCCCGCCACGAUUACGAAAUAAAAGAUUUCAGCGGUAUGACCAUUGGAAAAGUAACCUCCGGCACGCAGGCCCCCAGCCUGGGCAAGGGCAUUGGCAUGGGCUAUCAGAUUAGCGGGGUAAUCAACGCCAAUACCGUGUUGCCCAUACUGGAAGAUUUUUUGUUCGAAAUAGAGAAAAACAAACUCACCAUUGUUGCUACCGACCUGGAAACCGUGAUGCGCAUACAAAUGGAUAUUGAGGCAAAAGACAGUGGAAAAGUAUGUAUCCCCGGUAAAAUAUUGCUGGAUUCAUUAAAGAACAUUCCCGACCAGCCCCUUACUUUCAAUAUCGAUAAAAACUUUGGCGUAGAGCUUACCAGCGACAAUGGAAAGUACAAGGUGAUGGGCGAAAAUCCUGACAACUUUCCAAAGGAACCGGCAGCUGAUGAUACUACUUCUUUUACCAUGACCUCCAACGCUUUGGUAACCGGUAUCAAUAAAACCCUGUUUGCCGUAAGCAAUGAUGAUCUUCGUCCAGCCAUGACGGGUGUUUUCUUUGAACUGGAUAAAAAAUACAUCCAGUUUGUUGCUACCGAUGCGCACCGCCUGGUAAGGUAUAAAAGAACAGAUGUGGCCUGCCCCAAGGCAGAUUCUUUCAUUGUUCCCAAAAAGCCGCUUUCACUGCUGAAAAGCGUAUUACCUUUCAAUGAAGACGAGAUUACCAUCAGCUACAACAGCAACCACCUUUUUGUAAAACAUGGCAAUACCCAGAUGAGUUGCCGUCUCAUAGAUGCCCGCUUCCCGGAUUAUAAAGUAGUUAUCCCUGCAGACAAUCCCUAUAAACUGAUUGUAAAUAAAAGCGAUUUCCAGGGCGCCCUGCGCCGCGUAGUGGUCUUCAGUAACAAAAGCACCAACCAGGUUGUAUUAAAUAUCCAGGGCAGUGAACUGCAGCUGGCCGCACAGGACGUUGACUUCAGUUUUGAAGGAAAUGAAAGAAUGAAAUGCCAAUACGACGGAGAAGACCUGGGCAUUGCUUUCAACGCCAAAUUCCUGAUUGAAAUGCUGAGUGGUGCAGACAGCGACGAGGUUAGAAUGGAAUUGUCUACCCCCACCAAAGCAGGUAUCAUUAAGCCAACGGAGGCAGAAGAAGGUGAAGAGCUGCUGAUGCUGGUGAUGCCACUGAUGCUUAAUAAUUAA